AUGGCGACUCCGCACAAUUCCCUGGCUCCGGCGCUCUCCGUGCUGCGUCGGGCAAUAACUAUAAAUACCAGGGCUGAUUGUCUGCCAGUACAUUGCCUCACAGACCGAGCACAGGGGCGCUUAGAUACCCCGCACCUAAAACACGAGACUCCAAACGAUCGUGAAAGUUUUGGAAGUUCGACUGGCGGAAAUAUGAAGGCUUUCACGGCAGUUUUAUUUUGCUUCGGCGCCCUAUCCAUCACGUCUUCAGCUCCAGUCGGCAGGGACUCGACACCACAGAACUCCGAAUACGAGUAUGAAUACGACAAUUCGGCCCAAUCAUCCCAAGUGCAGGAUCCGCAGGAGUCGGCGAGCCAUUACGACGCUUAUAUAUCGGACGUCAAGGCCGCAGCGUCUGGUGACAGCAAGAAGGGCUACAGCAGAGGCAGCGGUCUGAGGACCAUAGCGGUCGGCUCGGCGAAUCAAGCGAAAACGGCGCUCGGAAACCAGGCGGCCGCGGCCUACCAAGCGGCGUACGUGGCGAAGAACACCUUAGCGCAGUCAGCGGCGCAAGCCAGCGCUACAGCGCAGGCGGCGCUCGCUGGAAAGCAGGUGAUCCUGUCAGGGCUUGAGCAGCAGGUCAGGGACGCAAAGGUGGGCCUGCAAGGCGAGGAGAUGCAGCUGCAGCAGGCCAAGAGGGCCGCCCAGUCCGCCGCACAGGCCGCCCAGCAAGCUAUGCACCAGGUGAACGUCAUCCAAGCCGCCUUGAACGCCGCUCAAGCGACCUCCGAGAAUGCCAACGAAGCGGCCUCGCAAGCAGCCGGCGAGUUGGGCGCGCAGACGGCCAUGGUCGGCGCCGCCCGCCAGAGACUCCACACCCUCCAGGAGCAACUCCACGGAGUCAGGAUCGACUUCGAAGCCACCCAGGCCGCCGCAAGGAAGGCACAGGCAGCAGCACAGCAGGCGCAGGCGAAUGCGGCAGAGGCGGCGGCGAAGGCGGCGGCCGCGGGGCUCGCCUCGGGCAAACACCGCGACGCCUCCCACGAAGGUACUAGCUACGAGGAGUACAAAACGGCGCCGGAGCAAUCCAGCCAAGAGUAUUACGUCCAGUCGGACUACCAACGCCAG